CUAUUAUUCAAAGAUCUCAACUUGAAAGCCUGCACAGUACAGUACACCAUCCACGUGAGCCAUGUUGGUCAGAAUCUGGAAUCCAACUGGAUGAGGUGGCCCCGCUAAUGCCACUUGUACAUGCCAUGCCGGUCAAAUCACCAGCCCUCCCGAAAGAUUCACAUCCAACUCCUCAGCGCUUGAUGCCGCGUCAGUCAUUCAAAUCCUUUGGCGGUCAUCCACGUCCUCCAGCGACACAAUCGCUUUCCGAUUCGACGCAGCCAUUUUUGCGGAAGAGCGCUCGCCCGCCCGCUCGCUCGCUCGCUCCUCGUCGAGCACGGACGACAGAAAGCGAGGCGCAAGGCUCUUCGCGCUCGCUGCUUGAGCCACAGAGUCGUCGUCGUGGCGGGGCGCUCCGAGGGCUCGCUCGUCGGUCGGACAGGGACUCUUGAUCGAGUGUGCAAAAGGUUUGACAGUCGGGAAAAUUUGGCAGUUCGCGAGGAUUGCAGAGUGGCAGCAUUGCGAGGGAGGGAGGGAGGGAGAGAGAGAGAAUGGUGAUCGUGGCUGUGGCGCUUGGCUGCCCCGCGUGGACUCCCGGUCGGCACGAGCUGAAGGCGUGGCCCAAAUCGAAGAGCGGCUCGUGCGAGAGGAGGAGGAGGGCCGUGCGGACGAUGAUGGGAAGUGAUCCGAUUCGGGACUGGAUCUGCGGGCAAGGCGGAGCUUCGAAGAUUACGCGCAUCAGUCCCGUCGGGGGAGGGUGCAUCAACACGGCGCUGCGCUACGAGACGGACUCCGGGACGUUCUUCGUCAAGACGAACAGGGACGUCGGGCCCGCGAUGUUCGAGGCCGAGGCUGCAGGCCUGGAGGCCAUGUUCGCAACGUCCACCAUCCGCGUCCCGAGGCCGCUCAAGGUCGGACCGUUGCCGGGCCGCGGGUCGUACAUAAUCAUGGAGUUCAUCAACAUGGGCGCCAGUCGAGGCGGGCAGGCGGAGCUGGGCCGCCAGCUCGCCGAGAUGCACAAGGCGAGCUCGAGCGAGCGCGGAUUCGGAUUCGACAUGGACAACACAAUUGGAAGCACUCCGCAGCCGAAUCCGUGGACGAGUGAUUGGGUGGCCUUUUUCCAGGAGCAGAGGCUUCGGUACCAGUUACAGCUCGCCGAGAAGCAGUAUCGCGAUUACGACAUUGCCGAGAAGGGUCAGAGGCUAGUGGAUAAAAUUCCUUCAUUGUUUCGUGACGUUUCCGAUAUCAGACCGUGUCUGCUUCACGGCGAUCUGUGGAGCGGUAACAUUGCUGCAGACGAACGAGGAGCUCCGGUGAUUCUGGAUCCCGCUUGCUACUACGGCCAUAAUGAGGCCGAGUUUGGCAUGUCCUGGUGCGCUGGAUUCGGAGCGGGCUUCUACAAUGCCUAUUUCGAGGUCAUUCCCAAACAGCCGGGGUUCGAGCAAAGACGAGACCUGUACAGACUGUAUCAUUAUCUCAAUCACUACAAUCUUUUUGGCUCCAGUUACCGCUCUUCUUGUAUGGCCAUCAUCAAGCAGUAUACCAAUCUUGCUUAAGAAACUGGGAUUCCGGGACCUUGAUUUGAGUAUUAGAGAGCUGUACCUUGUAAAGGACUUCAUCGUAGGGUCGAAACUCGUAAUUUGUACUAUAAUACGCUGUGCAUUGGACGAUGGAGUUUUGGGUUCCAGAGUUUGUGGAAAUGGCCUCACUCAUGUGAAGAAACUUCGUAGGAUGCGGCAAUUACAUACAUAAAAUACGGUAGACAGCUUUACAGCAUCCUGGGAACAAUCUCGAGGGAGUGGAUCUUCUAAAGAAUAUUCUAUGGUCUUCGGAAUUUUUCUGGUGCGCUGAUUAGUAAAUCUAUUAGUUGUAAUCAUACGUUGCCAAUUGGAAAUGAAAAUUGAGUCUGUGAGCUCUGAACAGUUGGUAGCAACCGAUAACUCAAAUGCACACACCACGAAUACAAUCCUGGUAAGUACAGAGUUGAGACUGGUGUCAAGUAUGCGCCUAUUUCAUGGAUGCUGCUAGAGUCGAAUUGGAAUAUCAACGUAGUCUCAACAUCCCGAUCUGAUCCUUAGCCACUGCCCGAGGUAUACAGUCGGAAGGAAUUCUCUCUCGAUUCGUUCUGCUUGAUGCUCAUUCGUUAUGAUGCUGCAGAUCCC